AUGACUGAGGAAACGAACAAGGAGGAGGAGCCGCUGACAUUCCAGGAUGUGGCCGUGUACUUCUCUCAGGCGGAGGGGAAGCAGCUGGGCCCGCACCAGCGGGCACUCUACCGGGAUGUGAUGCUUGAGAACUACGGGAACAUGGCCUCCCUGGGAUUCCCUGUCCCUAAGCCAGAUCUGAUCUCCCAGCUGGAGCAAGGGGAGGAGCUGUGGGUCCUAGAUCUUCUGGGAGCUGAGGAACCAGAGGUCUUGAGAAGCUGCAGGACAGAUUCUGAGAUUGGGACUGAGAAGGAACUAUCCGUUCUAAACCAGAAAUGUUCUGAAGAAGUAAAAACUACAGAAUUGAGAUCAAGUAGAUUCUCAAGGGGUAGUCCACAGGCAUCCAAGAUACAGGAAGUUUGGUGUGUGGGUAAACUAGAAGGGCAUCUGGGAAGUUCUGCUGGGCAGAAACCUCAUCUUCACAAGAAAGUUAGAGAAAUAGCUGUCAUGUGUGGGAAGAGAUCUCCAGGAGAACGAACCCAGGAACAUAGUACAUUCGAUACAUAUUUGAACCUGAAACAAAGUGCUGUCAGACCUCAAAGAAAUAAAACAGGGGAGAGAGUCUUUAAAUGUGAUGUGUGCAGCAAAACCUUCAAGUAUAAUUCAGACCUAAGUAGACAUCAGAGAAGUCACACUGGGGAAAAACCUUAUGAAUGUGGUCAGUGCGGGCGAGCCUUUAGUCACAGCUCAAACCUUAUUCUGCAUCGUCGAGUUCACAGUGGAAAUAAACCAUUUAAAUGUAAUGAAUGUGGGAAAACUUUUGGGCUCAAUACCCACCUCCUUCUUCACCAGAGAAUUCAUACUGGAGAAAAACCUUUUGAGUGUACCGAGUGUGGGAAGGCUUUCAGUCGAAGUUCAACUCUUAUUCAACAUCGUGUCAUUCACACAGGAGAAAAACCUUACAAAUGUAAUGAGUGUGGAAGAGCCUUCAGCCAGAGCCCACAGUUAAUGCAGCAUCAGAGAAUUCACACUGGAGAGAGGCCUCAUCAGUGUACUCAAUGUGGGAAGGCCUUCAGCCGAAGUUCAAGCCUUAUUCAACAUCAGAGAAUCCACACUGGAGAGAAACCCCAUAAAUGCAAUCAGUGUGGGAAGGCCUUCAGUCAAAGCUCAAGCCUUUUUCUCCAUCAUAGGAUUCACACAGGAGAGAAACCCUACGUAUGUAAUGAAUGUGGCAGAGCCUUUGGUUUUAACUCUCAUCUUACUGAACACCUAAGGAUUCACACUGGAGAAAAACCCUAUGUUUGUAAUGAGUGUGGCAAAGCCUUUAGUCGGAGUUCAACCCUUGGCCAGCAUCGAAGGGUUCACACUGGAGAGAAACCCUAUCAGUGCAUUGACUGUGGGAAAGCCUUCAGUCAGAGCUCACAACUUGCCCUACACCAGAGGGUUCACACUGGAGAGAAACCCUAUGAGUGUCAUGACUGUGGGAAAGCCUUCAGUCGGAGGUCAACCCUCACUCAGCAUCAGAGAAUCCACACUGGAGGGAAGCCUCAUGACUGCAGAAAACGUGGCCUAGUCUUUGUUCAUGGCUCCAGCUUUGUACCAUGUGGACCAACCCACACUGGAGAGAGAUUCCUUGUGUGCGAUGAACAUGGAAGAGCCUUUAGCCACAGCACAAACCUUGUUCUGUGCUGGAACAUUCACACUGGGGAGAAAUCCUUUGCAUGUAAUGAAUGUGGAGAAACUUUCAGGCCCACCUCACAGCCCACUGAACAUCAGGAAACUCAUGCUGGGGAGAAACCCUAUAAAUGUCAUGAACGUGGUAAAGCCUUCAUUUGGGGUUCAACCCUUAUUCAACACCAGGUAACCAAGACUGAUGAAAAAUCUUAUCAUUGUUCUGUGUGUGGGAAAGCCUUCAGUCAGAGCUCACGGGUUAUACUACACCAGCGAACUCAUGUUGAAGAGAAGCUUCCCUUAAGUGAUGAAUCUGAAAGAUACUUUAUUCAUAUCAAAGAGAUUUUCCAAGAAAGACAUUUUUAA